CUCCAUUCAUAUGGAUCAUCUGAAUGGAGAUGAGUUAUGAUGUUCGUUUAUAACAAUUUUACAGAGCAGUGAGAUGAACCAGUUGGAUGAUUUUUAUCAAACUCAUCCAAAAAAUGAUCAUUUUCCGACUGAGUCUGAUCGGAGCAGUUGACUGGAGCUGAUUCAGUUUAAAAUACAAAAUGACCUAAAUACCCCUAUCUAAUUUGGAAAAUUACACCAAAAAACCUAAACCUACUUCUCAUCAUUCGUUCCACGACAGAGACUCAGAGAGCCAUCCUUCGACAACGUGAGAAGAGAAACGAGAUCCUUCGCACCGAAGCUGGAUCUCUUCGCAGCUGGAUCUCUCCGCCGGAUCUCUCGCCGGAAUCCACUCCUCUUUGAUCUUCUCACUCCACUCCACUCCUCUUUGAUCUUCUCACUCCACUCCACUCCUCUUUGAUCUCUCCGCCGGCUGUCUUCUUCUCUCUCGUGCGUGGGUUUAGGUGUUACGAUUGAAUUAGCUGCGACCAUUGUUUGAGAGGUGUUACGGAUUGAAAUCGCUGCAACCACUGUUUGAGAGACCUAAGAAUAACCGGUGGAAGGAUUAAAAAACAUGUGGACGAGACAAAUCAAACAUGUAAGAAUCACUUCUCAUUGAUGGGCCUUAACGCCUGCGAAAGUGAUUCGUGAAGCAAACCCACAAAAUCUGAGCUUAGUAUAUGCUUUCACGUUUGAAGCAAUCGGCAAUGGUGUCUCUGUCGUCAUCUUUCUGGACCACAGCUUCACGAGAAGCCAUGAAAAGCGGCGUGUUUAUUGCGAAACUCUACUGCUUCCUCCAUGUAACAACAAACUAUCUCGGAUUCAUGGCUUAUGCUUAUGGUCCGAGCAUGACUCCGACGCUUCAUCCUUCGGGGAAUGUGUUAUUAGCUGAGAGAAUUUCUAAGCGAUAUCAGAAACCGAGUCGUGGAGAUAUAGUUGUGAUACGAUCUCCAGAAAACCCUAAUAAGACUCCGAUUAAGAGAGUUAUUGGUAUUGAAGGUGAUUGUAUAAGCUUUGUGGUUGAUCCAGUGAAGAGUGAUAAAUCUCAAACCAUUGUGGUUCCUAAAGGACAUGUCUUUGUUCAAGGUGACUAUACUCAUAACUCAAGAGACUCAAGAACCUUUGGUCCUGUACCUUGUGGUCUUAUUCAAGGCAGAGUGCUUUGGAGGGUUUGGCCAUUUCAAGAUUUUGGACCGCUUGGACCAACCCGAACUUAGCAUAUGAGUUAGCUUGGUCCUUUGGCCGAUGAGAUGACUGAGGCGGAUUGAUAGUGUGGUUUAUGCCGAGUGAGUCUGGUUAAUGACGAACUGAUUAUGUAAUGGAGUCAUUGAAAGAUGCAAAAACUGUAUGAGAUAGAUACGGUUAGAUCUCUCUUCGAUCUGAAAUUACUGAUAACGCUUGCACAAUAUUUCUUUAAUACCACUUGAAAUCUAAGAUCAACAGGAAAUUAUCUCACCAUGGGUGAGAUGCAGGGUCAUCAUACCAUCCACGAAGAUUGGAGAAUCUAAUCGCCAAAUUAUAGUGAUUACCAAUUGGUGUGAUACCAUUAAAGUUUUUCAAACCAAAAUGUUACGAUUUUCUUAAUCGUGUGACAAAUAAUUUAACAAUAUUUAUUUUUAUUAGUUUUUCAAUUUAUGUAAUGGAACUAUUUCAAUCUA